GUGUCUGCGAUCAACCCGGAAGGGCGGCGUUAGAGCGCUGAACGUUACAGCUCCUCGCGCCGCGGCUCGCCGCCGAUAAAACCCGAGCUCUGACUUGUGGGAGGAGUAGACUCGGUUUUCUUUUUAUGGCAACAGAAACUAUCUCUUAACCCGAGACAGAAAGCGUAGGGGGAAAAAAAGAAAAAGACUGAAAUGGCUUCGCUGGGUAGCAAGUCUGCGCAGGAAAUCAGCGAUCUGCUCGACGAGUACGGGAUCAAACAUGGACCCGUGGUCGACUCCACCAGGAAUCUGUACCUGAAGAAGCUGACGGAAGCCAUGGCCAAGGGGAGGAAAGCUAAAGCAUCAUCUGAUAAAACCUUCUACAGAGAGGAGGAGGAAGAAGUCACUUACGUUUACAGGACACCGACCAGAAGCGAGAUCUCUGGAGACAGUGGGCCUUAUAUGAGAUCCAGACCAGAAUGGAACGAGAGGGAAUAUGAACAUGAGACCUCCUUCUCGAGCUACACGAGGUCGAUGCCCGACUACAGAGGAAGGGAUUUGCAUGAUGAGCCCUACAUGUACGACACACCAUCCACCUACAGUAACUCCUACUCCAAAGUCGUGAAGUCGGAACAAGGGCCACCGCAGGGACAGAAAUCAUCGAAAUCCUCCCGCCUGAUCCCGCUGUGGCUUCAGUUCAUCUUCUUCCUGGGUCUGGCCGUCUUCCUCUACUUGGUCUUCUCCAGUAUGGAGACAAACAAAUCUAUCAAAGGAAUAGUGUGAUUUUUAUGCGACGCCCGCGGAUGGUAUACUUUAUUUUACAUUUAAAAUCGGUGGAUGUAUUUUGAGAAUUUUAGACUUUGCUGAAAUUGUGGCUUUAAUGCAUUAUUUGCUUUUUUUGUUUCCUUUUUUUUUUUUUUUUUUUGCACCUACCUGCAGUCAUGCUUAAAAAAUUAAAAAAUAACUCUAGGUUUUUACCAAAUAGAUGAUCCGACCUUUUUUAGAGCUUUUAAAACAACUUAAAUCUAACCAAGAGUACAAAUGCACAUGCAUUCCAGACUCCAGCAUUUCAUCGUUAAAUGAAAUAGGAUACCAAAAUGAAAAUGAAAAAAUAAAGUAGGUUACACCCCCAAAAAUCCCUCGGAUUUAUAAGGAAUGUCCUUUUCUUUAUCUUUUUUUUUUUUUUUGCAUGACUGUACAGGUUGUCACCAAGUUUCACUACAACACCUCUGAGUCAAACCGCAGAACAAACCAAACAUUUUCUUGUAUGUCGGCAGCAGCUCUCAUUAAUCUGAUGAAUGCAGGGUAGUCUGAAGUUUCUGCUGCCAUUUUUGUCGAUUUGUUUUGGCCUAUUGGUCUAAAAGUGGUGCACGGCAAAGAUAUACAUUUUUAUCAAUGUGGUGGAUCAGGAGAAAGUGGGACAAUAUUAUUAGUUGUUGAAAUGUUGUUUCGUGAUGUAAAUUAUCAGUAACCUGGAUGCCCGCAAGGAGAAAUGUUGGGCAAAUGGCUAAUUUCUUGUACAGAAUUUUAAUUUAAAUUUAUUUUUAUUUUUUUGGGGUGUGGCUCAAUUUAAUUUUGGCUUUUUUUUCCCCAGACGGCACUAACGCUUCCUUUUUGCUGACUGCAACCACUUAUGCAUAUUUCGGACAGACUCUUUAAAUUUAAGUGCCUCUGUGUUUUAAUAUUCUGCAUUCGGUGUUAAAUACGUAAAGGGUUUCAAAGUAAAUAUCUAAAAAUAUUAAAAAAAAGUAAACUAUUCUUUAAUGCUACGAGUUUAUGCUUUGCUCAGAGGUGCAGCACUUUUCUACUACAUUAUCAACAUAUUCAGAGUUUGUAAUUUUGUUUUGUACCUGGUUUUCAUAAUUAAAUAUAAUAAAGAGCUUGUAUAUGUAAGCA